AUUAGAUAUAUAAACAAGCUGCUCGAAAAACUAAUGUUUGAUGAGCUGAAGCACUGGGCUGGAACUCAAGGUACAGUACUUUAAACAUUUGGAAUAAAAUACUGUUGUAUUUGCUGCAUUUGUCUUAUUUCUUUUAUACAAUUAAAUUAAAUUGCUCUCCAGGUAUUGGUGGUUUCCUUCCUGGUGUAAGGCAGAUUGCAAAUGUUGCAGCUUUGCCUGGAAUUGUGAGUGUA